UUAAAAUAAAGCUAAUUGUCCAUUCUCCCCAUAAUAAUAAUUUAUUUACUACUCUACCAUCAAUUAUACAAUGUACAUUUUCUGGACCCUGGUGUAAAAAAAGAUACCCCUCGCCCCUGCCAUGUACAGAGAGGUAGGCCAUCCAAAGCCAAAGAGAAGGGGAAAAUCCCAGGCACCACAGCUCUGCACCAUACAAAACCAGAAACCAAAACCAAAACCAAAGCCAAAGCCCAAAACCCGAACUUUUUCAGCAAAAAGAAGCACAAAAAUCACAGUUUCAAGCACAAAGCUUCAACCUUUACUCAGCUCUCAGCUGGGUUUCUCUCAAAACCCCCAAAAACACCUCCCAGACCUUCCAAAAACUGACAUGAUUUGAUACAAAAAGGAACACAGCAAAUGGGUUUUCUCUCAAAACCUGUUCCCAAUUUCUUCCUUUAUUUGCUUUUGUUCUUCUUCAGUCUUCAGCUCAUCAUCCCACUUGCUGAAUCUGCUACUGAUAUCACCUCCUUGGUCUACAAGGGCUGUGCAAAGCAGACCUUUUCAGAUCCAACUGGGGUUUACUCUCAAUCCCUCUCAGCCCUUUUUGGGUCUUUGGUUCAACAGUCCACCAAGGCCAAGUUUUUCAAAACCAACUCUGGCAGUGGCCAAACCACCAUCUCUGGUCUCUUUCAAUGCAGAGGGGACCUCAGCAAUUCUGACUGUUACAACUGUGUGAGCAAAUUGCCACAAAUGUCUGAUAAUCUCUGUGGCAAAACCAUUGCUGCAAGGGUUCAGCUGAUUGGGUGCUACAUGCUCUAUGAAAUCUCUGGUUUUGCCCAAAUUUCAGGCAUGGAAAUGUUGUUCAAGACUUGUGGGGGAACAAAUAUUGCAGGAAGUGGGUUUGAAGAGAGAAGGGACACUGCCUAUACAGUGUUGGAGAAUGGUGUUGUGAGUGGCCAUGGCUUCUAUACAACAAAUUACCAACAAGUUUAUGUCUUGGGGCAGUGCCAAGGAGAUGUGGGAGACUCAGAUUGUGGUGAGUGUGUGAAGAAUGCUGUGCAGAGAGCUCAGGUUGAAUGUGGGAGUGCCAUUUCAGGCCAAAUCUAUCUCCACAAGUGCUUUCUUAGCUAUAGUUAUUACCCAAAUGGGGUUCCCAGGAGAUCCUCCUCAUCUUCAUCAUCAUCUUCUUCAUCUUCAUCAGGGUCAGGAAAUACAGGGAAGACAGUGGCUAUCAUUUUGGGAGGAGCAGCUGGAGUUGGGUUUCUAGUCAUAUUUUUGUUGUUUGCCAGAAAUUUGAUGAAGAAGCAUGAUGAUUAUUGAUAGGAGGACCUGGGUUUCUCAAGAAGCAAGCUUCUUUUAAAGUGGUGGAUACUUGCAACAAUUUUUUGUUUUGUUAAUUUUCUCUCUCUUUUUUUUUUUUUUUGGUGCUUCUAGAGAGAAGAAAAUGAGGUUUUUGUGGUGGAUAGAAUUGGCAAAGGCAGAGUAGGGAAGGAGGAAAAGAAGCAUUUAGAGCAUGAAAUUCAGAAAAAAUUUCACCUCCGUGAAAAAUUGAUGUAGGAAUGAAUGUUUGUCAUUUUGAAAUGGAUGGAAAGAAGAAAAAAGAAAAAAAGAAGACAAAAAAGAAUAGGGCAAGGACGAACAUAUUUUGGCCUCUUUUCUUUGUUUAUUGUUUUACCUUCCAUGUCCCUGAUGAGUCAUGUGGGUGUGUGUUUCUCUUUUUUCUCACUUCCCCGAUUUCUUCACAACUUUUAUGCUUUUUAGAAAGUUGCAAGUUGCAAACUUCUCUU